UAGAGGAGGAGAAAAAGCUGCGGAAUAUGGCUGUCGAUGUCAAAUAAUUAACGCCAAAAUAUUCCAACAAAUGAUAGCCAUAGCCACCACCUUGUUGGUUCCAAGAGUCAUUAUAUUUGUACUGAAAAACCACCACCCACUACAACGGGCUUCGGCGGCUUGAUUCUCUUGCCGUCAAACUCAAAACAAGAACAUGAAGACCAAGGCGACUCAACAAUGGCUUCUGGUCUUGCAUGUGCUUGCUUCCUUCUUCUUCUUCUUCAUCCUUCUUACCAGCUCCUCGUCACAAGAACUUGCAGAUUCCAGCGAUCCUGUUAAGAACGCCACAAGGAUUGAUUGUGGAGUAAUAAAGGGUUCCGGGGACGAGAAGACCCCAUCUGAUUACCAAUACGAUGAUGGAUUCGUUGAACACGGCAAGGGGCUUAACUUAUCAUCGAAUUACAACAAAGAAGAGAUUGGCAAUCAGCUGAGGACAUUAAGAAGCUUUCCAGAAGGGAAAAGGAAUUGCUACAGAGUGCCCACAGAAAGAAACGCAUACUACCUCGUGCGGGCAUUCUUCGCAUAUGGAAACUACGAUAGUAAAACAUCCUUUGAUUUGUACAUUGGUGUCAAUUACUGGGCAACAAUUAGCAAAGAGGAUGGAGACAUUGUACGUCACGAGGUCAUUCAUUUCUCUCCAACUGAUGACAUCAAUGUGUGUCUUGUGAAAACGGACGACGGAAUACCCUUCAUUUCACUGUUGGAAGUAUGGCCAUGGCAGAAUUCUAGGUAUGAUCAGUUAGCUUCGAGUUUGCUCAGACUAAUGUCACGCUCCAAGCUGGGUAUGUCUGAAGAUGAUACUACAUCAGAUGAUAACUAUGGAAGGUCCUGGUUCAAUAGAAAGAUGGACAACUCGGUGCGAAUCAGUUCUUCAUCUGCGGCUAUUGACAGUAAUACGAGUGACAAUGUAUACGACCUGCCAAAAGAAGUGUUGACUAGUGCAGUUCAGUCUAUUCAUGCAUCUUCUUCCUUAGUUAUCCACAUGGAUAGAUGCUGUAAUACUGGCCAUGAUUAUUAUGUGUACCUUCAUUUUUAUGAUUCGUGA